GCCUGCUGAUCCUUUACUGCUCCGGUGAGAGAGAAACCCGGAGCUCAACCUGCCCGGUACACCGCCCCCAGCAUGUCAUACUAUACGAGCCGCAUGUUCAUCACAAGUGCUGCUGAGUCUCCGACAACCAUCUAACAUCCACUGCACCGUCUGCAGAAUAACUUACGGCCAGCCUGCUCCGCGCGCACACUCGGAUCUGCAGCAAAACAUAUAAACCGGGGACGUUUUCCUCAGCACACCAGGAGAUCCGCAGGUAAUUGCAGUGCUGCUCCGACGUUUGGUCGACAUGCUGGGUAUCUGCGUGUGUCUUUGUGCGGUUUUCACACAUGUCCUCUCUCAGGAGGCUGAGGAGCCUGUCCUCUACACAUGCACAGAAGGGUAUGAGUAUGACAGAGUUAGAGAGCAGUGCAGAGAUAUUGAUGAGUGUGCCUUGCUAGAUGAUGCCUGCAAAGGAGGGAUGCAGUGUAUCAACCACUUUGGUGGGUACCUCUGCCUCCCCAAGAGCGCCGUCAUCUACAUCAGCAAGGAGGGUGAGCAGGUGCCACUGCCAGACCCUGUCCCUGCUGUCCCGGUUGCACCAUCAAAUCCACGGACUUCAGGCAACCAGGGGGGCUCUCAGCCCACUCGAACCAUCCGCUGUGCACCCGGGUACACUGCAGAUGAGCAGAACCUCUGCAGAGACAUAGAUGAGUGUGCGACAGGUAGACACACUUGUGGUCCUGAACAGACGUGCUACAACACCAGAGGCUCCUACACCUGCCAGUGUCCCCCAGGCUACCAGAAGAACGGAGACCACUGUGUAGACAGAGACGAGUGUGCCCUGACCCACUAUUGCAUGCACAGGUGUGUUAACACACCGGGCUCAUACUACUGUGAGUGCAACGCAGGUCACAAGUUGGCCAGCAACAACCACAGCUGUGUUGAUGUGAACGAAUGUGAUGUUGAGAAUCCCUGUCAGCAACACUGCUACAACCUGAUUGGCUCCUUCCUCUGCCAGUGUGAACAGGGCUACGAACUGGCACAAGACACAGUCUCUUGCCAAGACAUUGAUGAAUGCAGUUUCUCCAGCUACAUGUGUCAGUUCCAGUGUAUUAACAGCCCAGGAAGUUACUCCUGUGAGUGUCCAGAUGGAUAUCAGCUCCAGGGAAACAGGUUGUGUCAAGAUAUAAAUGAGUGUGAGACAGGGACCCAUAACUGCCAAGACGAUGAAAUGUGCUGGAACUAUUACGGAGGCUUCCGCUGCUAUCCCAGAAACCCCUGCGAGGCGCCUUACGCCAAAACCUCUGAAAAUCGCUGUGUCUGCCGGUCCCAGGCUGAGUGCCAGGGUCUACCGCCGUCAAUUGUCUACAAAUACAUGAGCAUCCAGGCGGACCGGACUGUGCCAGCGGACAUCUUCCAGAUUCAGGCCACCAACAUGUACGCCAACACACACAACACCUUCAGGAUCAAAGCUGGGAAUGAGGGAGGAGAAUUUUUUCUGCGGCGUUCCAGCAAUGUGAGCGCCAUGCUGGUGCUAACCAAGCCUCUGACAGGCCCCAGGGAGUACGUUGUGGACCUGGAGAUGGUCACUCACCAUCUGACCAUGAACUAUCGCUCCAGCUCACUGCUGCGGCUCACCAUCAUAGUUGGGCCAUAUGCCUUCUGAGCACCGCAACUCCCAGCAGUCCCACAUAUGUCUGGUUCAGCAAACAUUAGCAGUGUAACACAGCAGAUGCCUGUAUCAGCGUUAACAUACUGUACAUUUUCAUACAAUACAACUUAUAACAUAGGCUGUCCCAGAUUCACACAGCAGCACAACAGUUCCAAUAGGCUUUCUCAUGACAGACACUGUAACGUGACCACUGGGCAUCUUUUUCUCUCGAGGUGCUGGGAAACAUUGGAGUGAGGGGUUUAAGUGUCCAGAGAAAUCAAGUUUUAACAACAGCCCUUAACAAUAAAAUAGUUUUGAUAUGUUUUGACUGUAAGUGCCUGAGGUGGACUUAAGAAAGACAAAAAAAAGCAUUUCCACUUGUAGUAUUUGUUUGCUGCUUCCAUAUUAGAAAACAAUUGGACACAGAGCAGUGGCACUCAGGAAAAGAGGCCUAGUGGACACACAUCCUAACUGUGAGGAUCUAUCACUUUGUUUCAGACCAGAUCUGCUUACACUAACCUGUGUGUGCAUCAGUGUAAGAACGAGAGAACAAUCCUAUUUUCUAUAUAUAGAUGUACACUAAAAAAAUAAUCCAAUAUGAGCAGCUUUGAUACAAAAAUAAUUGACCAAGCUUGUAAAUCACAGCUUUUGUUGAUAAAUGCUGUAGGGGUUAGUGCUGCUGCGCCACGCUGUUUGUGCAAGUUUCUGUAUAGUUUUACUCAUGAGUAAUAAUUUCCAGAAAAGUCCAGAACAGUUCAGAAGUGUAAAGGGAGGGAAUUUGCCUGUUAGUUGAGAGAGUGCUAAACUUUGCAUGACAACAGGCUUGAUGCUCGAAGACUUUCCUCACAGGAGUUAAGUCAUGUACAUACCAAGGUAACAAAUCUGUGUGUGUGUGUGUGUGUGUGUGUGUGUGUAUGUUUGAGUGAGAGUGUGUGUGUGUGUGUGUGUGUGUGUGUGUGCGCGCGCCUGGCUUUGUUUAUGCAUGCAAGCAAGUGAAAGUGUGAAACAUUAGAGAAAGGGAAAGAGUGAGAAGGAGCUUGUUCUCUGCCCCCAGAUUCGGUGGAUGUGGUUGAGCUGUUUAUGCGUUUCUGUGAUGCCAUCCUCGCAGCCCUCGGUCACAGAAGCAAUAACAGAGAUUUUUUUUUCUAACUCGAGAACACGCACAGGAAAUGACAGCUUUGCUAACACACCUCGGCCAGUCGACGGCUCACUGGUGCCACGGCGAUUCUCCGAGGGAACAGCUGGGCUUUCUAAUGUUGGUCCCAGUCAAGAAGUCACACUGGCACCAGGCUGGCUUGCGUGAUAAACAUAAUUACAGUGCUUUGCCCUUAGCUGGUUCAUGUACGACACAGGGGAUUAUUAAAGUGUUAAUACAAUGCCACCACACUUUUUUGACAGAAAUCUUUCACUACCUGCUUUGCCUUUCGUGACUCCACGUGUCUGCUCUGGCUUAUUGCUAAAACACUGUAUACUGUAGACACACAGCACUGAAACCACAUUAAAAAUGUUGUCACCACUCUAUAAGGGGAGAAAGUUAUCCAUCUUUUAUGUGGUUUCAGCAGCAAUCAUGCCAUAGUGCCUUAGAGGUAUAAACACACAAAAAAAUGUAACAUUCAUCUUAUCAUUCAUGCUGUCAGGACCUUCCUUCACUGAAAUGCCUUAAUGUUUUUCUCUUCUAUUUAAAAUAUAUUUUGUCAUAUGUAUCUUAUAUUGAUUGUACUCUGAAGAGCUAUAUUGUUGAAUAAAAUAUGAUAGAUAAAUGGG